AACGUACGAAACCUCCAAAAACCACCAACAACGUUGUACACACAUCAUACACACAGAGAGCUUACCUAGCUAGCUCCGAACUCACUCCGAUCGAUCCAUCUCGGCCGUUGAUAAUGGAUAGGGUUAGAGAUCUGGCGUCAAAGAAGGCUGCGGUGAUCUUCACCAAGAGCUCGUGCUGCAUGUGCCACAGCAUCAAGGCGCUGUUCUACGAGCUGGGGGCCAGCCCGGCGGUGCACGAGCUCGAUCACGACGGAAGAGGCCGGGAAAUGGAGUGGGCAUUGCGGAGCAUGGGCUGCAACCCCGCCGUCCCGGCGGUGUUUAUCGGCGGACAGUUUGUGGGCUCCGCCAGGGACGUGCUUUCUCUUCAGAUCAAUGGCUCUCUCAAACAAAUGCUCAUUAAUGCUAAAGCCAUCUGGUUCUAGCAAUAAUCACCGCCUAUCUACCUACCUAUGAUUCACCAUAAACCCGAUCAAAUACAAUAUAGUCAUACCUAAAGUAACAUUUGUCUUGUCAAGUAGCUAGCUAGAGGCUGGCCGGGCAGCACAACCAAGUGUCUUGUUAAUUGUACGUGUGUAUCGUAUAUUAAAAGUCUCGAAAUCAAUCGUCUAUGUGUGACGAGUUUCGUUGACAAAAGUUACGUUGCCAUGCAUAUUUUAUAAAAAUGGCUAGUCAUGUUUCAAUAGUGCAUAUAUAUAAUUUCAAUGCAAAUUCUUGUCUUUAUUUAA